CGCAGUCUCACAAAUAUUGACAUGCCGAGAAGUCGCGGUAGCCGUGAGUCUGAAGAACUGUUUGCGAAACUUUACGUAAUAUCUGAUUAAUUUCGGAUUAUCCUCGAUUAUCAAGAAACUCGUGCAUUUUUUUCGUAAUUUUAUUCGUAAAAUUCAAAGUGAUAAGAGAUUUUGCAUAACAGGAUUUUGAUUGACAAUCGAGAAAUUAGAUAUAAAUGUUCAGAAUACAGAAUAAUUUUGCGCUAAAAUAUGAAAAAUAUGUGCGAGUGGUUUUUUAAAAAUAAUUUGGCGAACAAGUAUCGAGUGAUACGAAAUAUAUACAUGUAUAUUCUGGCUCGGAAUAUUGCUGAUGAAAAUUUCCACUGACAGUUGCUGACUCUAACAUAGGUAGGCAAUCGAAAAUGGACAACUGUUAUGGGUAAGGGUUUAGUUUAGAGUCUUGUUUUAUCUCUCUCGAUCGCGUUCAUCGUUGUUUUCGCGCAUCGUUGUGCUCCCGCGGGAAUCAUAUACGAUUAUGAUCGGAAGAACAUCGCUGGUAGAACAAAAAAAACUACAAUGGGCAAGGGAAAGAGAAGAAAUGGCUCGUCUUGGUGUUAAUUGGGGCCCUUUAAGACCAAGUAACCGCACCCACAUUCGCACUUACUCGAAUGACGUCAGAUUGUCCUUGGAAGAAAUUAAGGAUAAGCCUUCCGCACAACCCCUUCGUGCACUCGGACGUUAUGGAAGUACCGUUAGUCUGAAAAGUCUGGUGACGGAAAGCUCCGGAAAUGGCAACAAUCUCAAAUGUCUCGACUACAAUGGGGGUAGUUUGAUUAAUCUCCGGGACCAAAUGGACGUUUCGCAAAUCAGACGUAGAAGUCCCAGUUUGCCUCCUAUUUUCAACAAGGAACAACAACAGUAUUUUUGCCAAUUGGAACAACAGCGUGAUUUCGGUGUAGAAGGAUCGCGAUACCAGUCGCAGAGGUCGCAGAAACUGGAACACCAUCAUCAUCGGUCCAACGAUCAUCGCGAGGCUCAUAAAGAGCCUCAUCAUUAUGGUUCACCGGGUGAGGAACGCGAAGGGGAAACUUCCGGUUAUGCCAGCGAUUCUAUCGAUGUACCUCAAGCAGGGCAAAGAGUUCUAGCUGACGGUAAAGCAACGGCUAGAAUGGAAAUGACGGAAAAAACUUGGCAGAAUCCUUAUUGCACCACCCCGGAAAGUUCAUUGCCACCUUCGAGAAGGCUCUCGUCUGGCAGACUAGGCGAAUUAAACAGGCCAAGGUGGGGUAGCAUCUGGGGUCAAGACGGAAGAAGCGAUCCGCCACCGCCCUCUUGGCUAUCAAGAUUAGGACAAUCGAGUCAAGUUUUAGUGAUUAAUCAUGAUAGCGCUAGCAGCCCGGACAGUUCGACAACUGGCUCGACCAGCUCCGACACCAACAAAGUAUCUUAUCUUCGAGGUCAAAAUAUUCCAAUGGACGCGGACAUCCUUCAAGAACGUGAAGCGAAACGGCAGAAAGCAUUAGAAUUGCAAAAUGCUAUUAAGCAGCAACUUGAGGAAAAGGACAGACAGAGGAAAGAGGAAAAAGAGCGACGGUUGAGAGAAGAAAGAUUGGAAGAUGAGCGAAUCCGACGAGAAAGAGAAAAAGAAAGGGAAAGAUUUGAAGAAGAACGACGGAUAUUGCGCGAAAAGGAAGUGGCAAAGCUGAAGAAGGCGCAGGCGAUGCGCGAAGUAUUAGAGGCUGCGGAACGAUUGGCUAAAGAAGAGCGGAAGAAUCGACGGAAGCGAGAUGCGCACGUUGAUGAAGACGACGUUGUGACACAGUCUUCCAACAAGUCAAAGGCAGUUGUCAAUGUGGAUACAUUCGAAGAACAAAAUUGCUCGCAAAUGCAAAGCACAAAUUUAGCCACCGAUUAUCCUGUGGAAAAAAGUCCGAAGAACGUCGAAGAGGCUAACAACUAUCGCGAAAGCGAGCUCGAUAAAGAUUCGCAGAAAGAAUAUUCGCAACCAAAUUACGCGGACAAGUCGGAGGAGGCUAUGCUGGAUCCGAGUCCAAAGUCUCUUCAGGUUCCUGUGAGCAAGGACGUGGCGAUCGUGCUGAGCGGCAGACUGGAGGAUCCGGAGAUCUUGAGCAAAGCGAAUUUGCAACUGGUGAAUCUAGUGAUGACACCGAGUCCGCGUAAAUUCGCGGAGAACACUGUGGACUAUUUAUCGUUAGGUCUCAACACUAUCAUGAGGAACAAUGGGAGUCCUAGGAAUCCGAGGAAAUCCUCAAGGGACAGCAUCUCGUCUUCGAGCUUCGUGGAGAACAGGCUGUUGACGCCCAGCAAGUACAGAACGCUGGCCGGCCGGGACUUCGGCACGCAGACGGACGUAGAAUCCGAUAUCCAGGAAUUGCGGGAGAAGUUGCAGAACCAAUCGAUUAGGGAUCAAGAUACCGAAGGCACAAAAAGUCGAAAGGAUACGACGAACGCCAGUCGAAGAAACGUUGAAAAGUCGGUCAAUGUGAAUCCAGGAGAGGAAAUUUCCAUGAAAACGCUUCCGCGAUCCAAAUCACAACCCAGAACCACCCUCGAUAGCAGACCGAGAUGGAACGCUAAUCGCCCAGGCACACGAUACCGGACGCAAAGUGAGAAAGAUCCGCACUAUCAAAGAAGAUUAAGAUUGAGAAGGCGACAAGUCGAGUCUAGCGAUGAAGGAUCCAGAUCACCGUCUCCUGAUCGACGAAAAUCGAAUAAUGGAAAAUCGAAAAGCCGGAACACCAUUAGGCGUAAAACGAAACUCGAAAAUUACGACGCCGAUCUCUCGAUGGACAGCCUGAAUUCUAUUGUACCUCUGCGAAUCGACAAAAAUGGGAAGAUUAAUAUUGAAGAUCGUACUGAAAAAAAGAUGCGAUCGGAUAGCACUUCUUGCAACGCGAACCACGCAAAUCGAUCGGACAACGAUAAUUCCAAUGUCUGGUGCGGACAAGAGAUUUUAUCCAAAUUGUCGUCGUUAAGAAGCGGACUUUUGAUGAAGCAAAUCGAGUGGGAUUCCGAGCGAUGUCUGGUCUCACCCGCUGCGUCUGAAGUCUUUUAAAUACCUGCAGAAUUUCGUUGUUUCCUUUCGUUUUUCUUUUCAUUUGCAUAGAAAGUGACAUCGAGUAGAGUGCAAAAGGGG